UGAGGAGGAGCGUCGGCGGAGUCCGGCUGGAGCGGGUGGGCUCGAGGCUGGCACCCCGAGGGCAGCGGCGAGGCCACACUGCCAAGAUGUGAAAGUAAAUAAAGGACACAUAAAACAACAAAAAUGCUUUUGAGCCAGAAUGUGUCAGCGAUUGGACCACUGAAUUUGUAUCCCAUGGUGCAUAUCAGCCUCAUAUUUGGUAUUUCGUAUGUUGUGCCUGAUCUUUCAGAUGAAUCUUGCACUUUUAAGAUGAGAUUUCGAAAUUUCCAGUCAAUCUUAUCAUGGGAGUUAAAAAACCGUUCAAUUGUACCAACUCACUAUACAUUAUGGUACACAAUCAUGAGUAAACCAGAAGAUAUGAAGGUCGUCAAGGACUGUAUAAACAUCACAAGAUCGUUUUGUGACCUAACAGACGUGUGGGUAAACACGACGGACAUGUACGUCUCCCAAGUGGUUGGAUACAGAGAGAACGCAGUGGUGGUCAGUUGUAUGGGCUCUUUCUUCCUGGCGUCAGACAAGCCUUUGGACCCACCAAAGUUUGAGAUUGUUGAUUUUACAAACAACAUCAGUGUGAAUGUGAAAUUUCAAUUAGACAGUCCCAGGAUACCAAGUGAAGAAUUACAGUUUUACUUAGCAUUUAUCGAAGAGCAUGCAGGGAACAGUGUUAAGAGGCAUCAACCCCAAAUAACUGGCAACAUCACUGAAAAGUUCAACUAUGUCAUCGACAAGUUAAUUCCAAACACAAACUACUGUAUAUCUGUUUAUUUUGAGCCUAAAUAUCCAAGAAAAAUAAACAGAUCUCCCUUAAAAUGUACGCUCUUUCGACCCAGACGAGAAUCAGCAUUAGGAAUGAUUCCACCUCCUGAAAAUGUCAGAAUGAAUUCAGUUAAUUUCAAGAAUAUUCUACGAUGGGAGUCACCUGCUUUUCCCAAGGGGAAUCUGACGUUCACAGCUCAGUACCAAAGUUACAAGAAAUUCCAGGAUAGAUGCACAAGUAUUUUGUCGACGGAAUGCGAUUUCUCAAGUCUUUCCAAGUAUGGUGACCACACCUUGAGAGUCAGGGCUGAAUUUGCUGAUGAGAGUUCAGACUGGAUAAACAUCACCUUCUGUCCUGUGGAUGACACCACUAUCGGACCUCCCAGAAUGCAAGUAGAAGCACUUGCUAAUUCUUUACAUAUGCGUUUCUUUGCCCCAAGAAUCGAGAAUGAACCUGAACCGUGGACCAUGAGGAACAUUUAUAACUCAUGGACUUAUCAUGUGCAAUAUUGGAAAAAUGGCUCUGAUGAAAAGUUUUCAAUUUCUGGUCAGUAUGACUUCGAGUUCCUCCGAAAUCUUGAGUCACAGACAACUUAUUGUGUUCGAGUUCGAGGGUUUCUUCCUGAUCGGAACAAAGCUGGAGAAUGGAGUGAGCCUGUCUGUGAGCAAACAACCAUUGACGAAACCACCCCGUCCUGGAUGGUGGCCAGCGUCCUGGCAGCCUCCAUGUGCGCUGCUCUCCUGCUACUGCUUGGCUGCUUCUUCCUGCUGCGGUGGGUUUACAGGAAGGCCAGGCACGCCUUCCCCCCGAGGAAUUCUCUUCCACAGCACCUUAAAGAGUUUAUGAGCCACCCUCAUCACAGCACUCUUCUCUUAUUCUCCUUCCCGCUCUCUGAUGAGAAUGAAGUCUUUGACAAACUGAGCAUCAUCACAGAAGUGUCUGAAAGCUGCAAGCCGAACCCUGGGGCCGGCUGCGGUCUCAGGACCUGACAUGGGCAGGGGUCCUUCCAGCUGAUGUCCAAGGAGGGAGCACACUCAGCCGGGCGCAGUGACCCCCUCCUUGUCCUAUCUCCCCGCAAGGGCAGUCAGAGAAGCCAGCCAGGGCGGGCCGAGAGUGCCUGAGUAAACCCCAGAUGGAGAGCUCACACAGACGCCGGGACAGCGUCCACACCACCAAGGAGCUGGACUCCAAAUGCUCAUGUGGCAAAACCUUGGGAACUUGCCACUUUUUAAAGGCCUUAAUGAUUUGAAAAAAAAUGUUGGCCAGUGUGAUUUCCCUGAUGGUCCGUCCCAGUGGUUAAAAGACUCCACGCUUCCAAUGCAGGGGGCACAGGUUUCAUCCUCGGUUGAAAAAGUAAGAUCCCACAUAUCACGUGAUAUGGCCAGAAAAAAAAAAAAGGUUGAGGCUGACCACCAGAGGUAUGAUUCUCAGUCUUGUGUAUUCACUAAUAUAAAAAGGUUUUAGGGAAUUUCCCAGCAGGCCCAGUGGUUAGGACUCCAUGCUUUCACAGCCGAGGACCAAGGUUCAGUCCCUGGUCAGGGAACUCAGACCUCACAAGCCAUGUGGCAAAAAAACAAAACCAUCAAAAAAAAAAAGUUUUAAAUGGUUAGAAACAAAAAUAUAUAAAAUGAGGAAGAAAGACCAAGGCACUGGGGAGUCUGAGAGUGCUGACAUUCUGACGGGAGAAAUGACGUUGGCUCAGAAGUUGCUCUCACCAAGCACUGUACAGAGUGCAGACUCUGGAUUCUCAGGGACACUUGGACUGGGUUCAUUUUCCCAUGCGAACACGUUUCGUGUAAUGCUGGUGCUCCAUUAAAGCCGUACUCUCUAUUUAGUCCAUGUUCGUUAAAUGACACUCCAUCUGUGUGGCUGUUAUGAGCCAGGCCUCAUAUGCUGUCUUACUGUUCACUCAUUCAGUGGAUAUUCCUCAGUCCCUGCUUGGCGGUCAGCCAGGGACUGCCAGGCACAGGGGCCCCAUGGCAACUGGGAAGCUUCAGAAAAUAGAAGACCCUCAGCUUUGAAUUCCAGGCUUGCCAGGUGGCUCCGUGGUAAAGAACCCGCCCAUCAAUGCCAGAGAUGCAGGAGACGCAGGUUCGAUCCCUGGGUCGGGAAGAUCCCCUGGAGGAGGAAAUGGCAACCCACUGCAGUGUUCUUGCCUGGAGAAUCCCAUGGAGAGGGGAGCCUGGUGAGCUGCAGUCCAUGGGGUCGCAAAGAGUCGGACAGAGCUGAGCUGCUGAGCACGCAUGCAUCGGCUUUGAAUUCCACCUCAGACGCUUCGCAGUUUCCUCAUCUAUACAUGAAGAUGAGAAGACCUAAGGAUUAGUGACGCUCAGUGAAAAUGCCCACCCCGGUGC